UACAAUGUAACUGUUGUCUUUGAUUUAACUGGCCCCUUUAAUCUGUCCUUCAGCAAGAACGCAGCUUCCCUGGUCUCCAUGCCUAUCAAGGGACCUUAUUUAUUACACACAAUAGUUGAUCUUAUUUACACACUAUUACCAUGUGUUUCCACUUGGGAAGGGGACAGGGUGAUGGAGGGACAGGACACAGAGACCGGAGAAGAACAAAACAGUACUAAAGAAACAAAGAGAGUCCAUGUUGUAGCAAGUGAUUCAAAAGCCAUCAGUACAACACAGUUUAAUCCCUUUGGCUAAAGUUGCUGACAGUGGAUAACCCUUUAAAAUGGCCCCUGUCAUGCCUCGUGGUAUAGGAGCGCCCCCCCAGCAUGUUAGUAAAGAUUUAUGCUUUCAAACGGGCCAGUUCCACACGCACAAAUUCGGCCACAGGACUGAAUCCCCUUAGUUGCCCCAAACCCACAGACCACUUCUCUUUAUACGCCGGUGAGCAGGCCAAAGCUGAACAAGAGGAACCUGACCCAGCCAGCUGUAGCCUGCAGAGUACAGAGGGACCAACCAGUCACAUCAUGAUUGAAGCUGACCGAGAGCUAUCAGCCAUGGUGCAGGAUAUAUGGGAUAAAGAUGUCAACAGACUGAAACCAGGGACAGACUACCGGAUCUCUCUGCAGGGGAAAGCUGGGCCUGUGAAUGCUGACAUGAAUGAUGACAUGAAUGAUGACAAUGAUGGAGCCGGAUAUCCUCUGUUCUCAUUUGUCGAUGAACGCAUUUUCAAAAAGGAGUCUUUCUUAGCCUUUAUCUCUCUACUGGAUAACUAUGAAAGUGAUACGGGUGAGCCUGAGAUUGUAACCCCAGAGGAGGAAGCAGAAAACCACAAGUUUCUGGACUGCAUGCUUCGAACGCCCACCAUGAAGAUUGCACAUAAGUACCUAGUAGAGAAACAGCUCUCCCCAGAGGGAUUACCGGAAUUCAAGAAGCAGCUCUACCGUAUCUGGUUUGAGCUGUACGCCAGACGAGGAGCUAGCAAGCCAGACUCCUCAGGGUUUGAGCAUGUCUUUGUCGGAGAGACCAGAGGGGGCCGCACAGUCAUCGGCUUUCAUAACUGGAUUCAGUUGUAUUUGCAAGAAAAGCUGGGACACAUUGAUUACAAAGGCUACAGUGUGAACGCAAAUUCCCCCCAGCCUGACGAGAACAAGCAUAUCCUGGCACUACAGUUCAGUUGGAAGAAUGGAAUUAAACCCAAAGGCAGCAUCUUCGUUGGUGUCAGUCCUGAAUUUGAGUUUGCCCUUUAUACCCUGUGUUUCCUGGUCUCACCCAAUGAGCGUGUCAAAGUGUUCUUCAGUAUCUAUGAGGUGGAUAUUGUCUGUCACCACUACAACCAGAAGCAUAUUGGCACAACUUACCCUGUUCUUGUGAAAUAUCAAAAUGAACCAAAAAAACAAUAAAACGAAUCAAACAGGACUCAAA